AUGAAUGCCUUGAAGUUUGUCCUUGUUCUAGCCUUCACAUUGGCCUUGUCUAAGGCAUAUAUUGUUGAAGGAAAAUACUCUAUAGAUGUUCGCUGGGCUCCGAAAUACACUGUGCAUGUUAUAAACGACUUGGGUCAAAAUCAGGAGUUGAACAUUCAUUGCAAAUCCAAAGACGAUGAUCUUGGUCCUCACACACUCAUGUUCGGCCAAGAAUUUUCUUGGACUUUUCAAGUCAACUUCUUCAAGACCACUCUUUUCUGGUGCAACAUGCAAUGGGGGAAUACACAAGGUAGUUUUGAGAUCUUCAAUGCUAAAACAGACAAGGCGUAUGGAGGUAAGCCAUAUUAUCGGAAGGUAAGAAAGGAUGGCAUAUAUUACGACAAUGACGAUAGCAAAAGAGAUGGAGCCUAUUGGAAGAAGUAUUCAUGGUAG